AUGCCUGAGGGAGCAACCGUAUGGGAGUUCGAAUGCCAGUAUACCAAUGACGUUCAUAAAAAACGUAAAACUUGGCAUGAUGGGAAGCUAAGGUUUCAUGAAUCGAAUAGCAGAUUCCAAUUGUAUUCAGAACAAGAUAACGUUUUACUGGGCAGUGAAUUUGUAACAAAUGCCAAGCAAAUCGAGCAUAUAUUAGAUUUCAAGGGAUUCGGUUCUGAGGAGCAUAAGAUUGCUGGGCGUUUUUUGGUUAUUAUACAAGAAUUCUACGGCAAAUGUACAAUUGGGAAAGAUGGACAACGACAGAAUGGGUCUGUUCCAAACUUGCAAGCUGUCACUCGGAAGGAGCCACUCGUUAGAAAUUCUCGGAAAUUGGACACCAAGUAUCAGGUGAAAUCUGAAUCAAAGUCCACAUAUCCAACAGUCGCCAACGACACUUCUACAGUUUCUUUAGCUCUCGAUAUGAGAAACAUUUCACGGGCCAAAGUUGUGUCCCAGCAGAGGCGAUUGAGCUCUAAAAAAGUCUCUGACCCCCAGGCUCCUUCGCAACGGAAACCUAAAGCUAAUGUUACAGAACCUCCCAACCUUAACACAAGACAUGCCUCUCGAACUGCUGGCACAAACCUUUUGUGUGAGACGGUGAUAACGAACAUGCCACAAGGCCAGUUGCAACGACGAAUAUCCCAAAGGAGCCAUAGGAUCAAUCACGAACCUAUUGUUUUGACCAACAUAGGAUUCAAAUAG